AUGUCCUCAGCCGAAGAAUCCCCCGCUCAACGAGCAGCCCGCCUGCGUCGUGAACGUCGCGAAGCCAAAAUCAAAGGCGAUGGAGCAGCUCGUCUAGACAAGAUUACCAGUUUGAGUGGUCGGACUCCUGCUAGUCUCCGCGAAGAAACCUCUCCCUCUCCAUCUCCAUCCCCGGCCCCGGCUGCAGCAGCACAACCACAAGCUACUACUACUGCACUGACUCCUAGCCCGAGCCCGAGCCCGGCCCCCGAACCUCGAAUUACACAACCCUCUUUCCCAAGCCAAGGGCCCCAGCAGCAGCAGCAAGAACUCGACCCCGAAACCCUCCAAGCGCAACAGGAGCUCUUCCGCGCCCUGCUCCGCCAGUCUGGCCAGCCGGGCGAGUCACCCAGUGGGAGCCCGGGACCUCAAGCAGGAGCAGGAGCAGGAGCAGGAGGGAUGGGAGGACUAGGUGGAGAAGCGGACGAUCCGACGCUUAAGCUUCUCUCGAGCUUGAUGGCCGGGGAUACCAGUGCGCUGGGCGAGGGGUCUUUGCCUGGAGGUCAGUCGCCAGCGGACUUACUGACGGGGUUGGGAGUCCCGCCGUUUGUGGCGAGUAUGUUGGGGGAGGCGACGCGGAAGAAGAGUGAUGAGGAAAAGCGGGAGAUUCUGGUGUGGAAGGUGCUGCAUGUGGUGUUUUCUAUGCUGAUUGGGGUGUAUUUGUUGGUGUUGAUUGGGUCGUCGGUGGCGACGUUUGGGAGUCAGCCGCCGCCGCCGGCGACGGCGAGGAAUCCGUUCUUGUUCUUUACGACGGGUGAGGUGGUGCUUACGGGGGCGAGGGUUAUGAUGAAGAGGGGGGGAGGGGGGUUGGGGUUGUGGGUGCAGUUGGUUAGGGAUAUUGCCAGGGAUGGGAGUAUUGUGUUGUUUUUGUUUGGGAUGGCGAAUUGGUGGCAUCGGGAGUGGAUGGCUUAUUAG